AGGCUCAGUCCGCCGGGGCGGCCGGCACGAGCGCGCGUGUGAUGCGGUUCCGCUGAGAUGGCCGGCGCUCGGGCGCUCGUGGGCGCCUGCUGCUGCUGGUGGUGGCUGAUGACCGCAGCCGCCACCGAGCUAGAUCUGCUGGGCGCUCUGUCGCUGCACAACACAUCGCGCGCCGGCGUCACCGCCACGCCGGGCGUGCAGCCGCCGACCACCGCUUACGAGCUACAAGGCGAUUCGCGAUCACUACAAGUGGAAGGGAGCGCGUUCGAGCGCGCGGCGGAGUUGCUGCGGCGGUCGCCGGAGUUCACCGUGCUGGCCUCGCUGCGCCAGGAGCCGGCCAACUCCGGCACCAUCCUCUCUUUCUCACACGGAUAUAACAGGUACCUGGAGGUGCAGUCGAGCGGGCGGCGGGACGAGGUGCGGCUGCACUACGUGGCGGCGGGCGCGGCGGCGGCGCGGGUGGAGACCUUCCCGUUCCGGCUGGCGGACGGCGCGUGGCACCGGCUGGCGCUGGCGGUGUCCGGCGCGCAGGCCACGCUGCUGGUGGACUGCCACCCGCUGUACCGCCGGCUCAUCCCGCCGCCAGACCGGAACUUCACUCAACCACAACUCUCCUUAUGGGUGGGACAGAGAAAUAGCAAGCAUUCUUUAUUUAAGGGUGCCCUUCAAGACGUGAGACUAGUGAGCGGUCCGCACGGCUACCUGGCGCAAUGUCCGGGGUUGGACUCGGAGUGUCCCACUUGUGGACAGUUCGCGUUACUGCAGGCCACAGUGCAAGAGCUCACAACGCAUAUCCAUGACCUUUCUCUCAAGUUGGUAGGCACAGAGGCGAGGCUGGCGCGGCUGGAACAGUGCGACUGCCAGAAAUCGUGCUACUCCAACGGCACCGUCCACGCCGACGGCGCCACUUGGCAAAGAGACUGCAAUCGAUGCUCCUGCGUGCACGGAGAGAUAACGUGCAGGCCAGUAGAGUGUGAUAGAACAGAUUGUAAGAAUCCAGUGUUACAUCCAGGAGAAUGUUGUCCAACAUGUUUAAGACACUGUUUACUUAUGGGCAACUUAUACGAGCACGGCGAGCGUUUCGUGCCCAAGGAGUGCGCCGAAUGUGUCUGUCACGACGGGAACAUGCAGUGCACGCGCGUGGACCCCGAGACGGCGUGCCCGCCGCUGCCGUGCGACCCGCCCGACCAGUUCACCGUGCCCGGGGAGUGCUGCAAGUUCUGCCCGGGCGUGGACUACUGCAGCAUGGGCCACUCGUGUGACGAGAACGCCACCUGUAUGAAUCUCAACACCAAAUACACCUGUACGUGCAACCAGGGCUUCCGGGGCGAUGGCCUCACUUGUCAAGAUGUGGAUGAAUGUCAAGAGGCGGGCGGAAUCCACGGCCACCAUUGCCACUCGAACACGAGGUGCGUCAACGUUGUGGGCAGCUACGUGUGCCAGUGUCUGCCCGGGUACAUCAGAAAGGACAAGUUCAACUGCGUCGAGGUGGACGAAUGCGCGAGCGCAGCGCACGGCUGUCACGAGCACGCCGCGUGCGCCAACACUCCGGGCUCCUACUCGUGCCGCUGUCUCGACGGGUACGCGGGCGACGGGUACAAUUGCGCACCGAUAUGCACAGGCGGUUGCUUGAAUGGCGGCGUGUGCGCGGCUCCCGAACAUUGCUCGUGUCCGCGCGGGUUCGGCGGCGUGCGGUGCGAGCGAGAUGUGGACGAGUGCGCGCUCGUGGCCGCCCCGCCCGACGUGUCGGCCACGAGCGCGCACCCGCCGCCCGCGCACCCCGCCGCGCACGCGCCCUGUGUGCCGCGCGCGCUGUGCGUCAACACGCCCGGCUCGUACUACUGUGUGUGCGGCGACGGAUACAGGAGGGAUCCGCAACAAGACCACUGUGAAGACGUAGACGAGUGCGCUGAAAAUUUCCACACGUGCGACUCUAGCGCGCGAUGUGUUAACGUCGACGGCGGCUUCCGAUGUGAAUGCAAAACAGAACCUUGCGAACUUAGUUGUUCGUGGCAAGGCAAAGUGAUGUCGGACGGGUCGCGCUGGGCGGAGGAGGGCGGGUGCCGGCGCUGCGCGUGCCGCGGCGGCGUCGCCACGUGCGAGCGCGCGCCGUGCGACUGCGAUCUCAGGGACAACCGCACUUCCUCGUCAUUGACCACGGACGCGUCGCUGGGCGUGGCGCCGGCGUCGUGCUGCCCGCACUGCGAGCCGCGGUUCCACUGCCGCCACCAGGAGAUGCACCACGUCACCUUCCGCAGCGGCGAGCGCUGGCUGUACCAGUGUCAGAUCUGCGAGUGUCUUCUGGGCGAGGUGGACUGCUGGGAGCCGGAGUGCGAGGAGAGCGGCUGCUGCUCGGCGAGCGCGGCGCCGCACCGCCUCGCGCUGGCGGGCUGCGCGGCGCCGCCCUGCCCCGCGUGCCAGGGCGCGCAGUGUGCUACUUUGAGCGCGCGGCACGGCGACGGCGCUGGCGCUGCUGGCGCUGUGGUGGGGGCGGGGGCGCGCGGCGCACCGCAAGCACCGCGGCGCGCGGCGCUAGAGCCGCCCUGAGACACCGCACAUCCCACUCACCUAUUUAUUCUAGAUAGAUCUAAUGUUAACUAAUUGAGGCGGGCGCGCGACCCACUCGACGGCCUUAACUUAGCGAGCGGAGACCCGCGCCCGCUCGCGCUCCGCCCGGAACCGCCUUGUGAUAUAUUACGGGAAGGGUCGCGGGGAACUCGAUUCGUAUUUCGUUAUAGCAAUAUUUAGUGUUACGCAUAGGUAGGUAGCUGGGCGGGUCGCGGUCGCGGCGGUUCCGGUGCACGGCGCCUUUACAAUUAGUGUUUUUGAUUUCGCGCGGCAUUUGUCACUACAAAUUUAGGCGGCCUCGGUUUGUAAUGUUUUUCUCUAUAGAUAUAAAAAAAUUCCUAGUUCGCAGUAUUAAUAUAGGCGAAACUUAAUAUUCUGUAAUGUUACGAAGGUUAUUAUACUCGACCCUCAUAGAGUUCCUAUUAUAAGACGCACAGUAAUGUCUCGUGAAAUCAAGACACUCCUAUCGGCUCCGACCCGACACGAGCAUAUCAUAGUGAGGAUUUGUAGUGUCAAGUUACGACGUAGAAUGUGUGUGCAGCGCGUGAAUGUGUGGUUGGGCUCGUGUCGUGCGGAGUGCGCCGGCGCACGCCGUGCCUUCCUUGGCGCCCUCGCAGCUCCUCCACUUUAUAAUCUUCCAAUUCUAAAUUUAACGAUAAUGUCGUAUGCUUCAAAUUAUUAAACUAGAUUCUUAACAGUACUAUUUAGCUAUUGUUGUGAAUAUAAUAUUAUGUAAUAUAGCGAGGGGUUGCGAGUGUCCUCCGGAGACAGAUGGCGUGCGAUACGGUGGUAUGUGAGUAAUAGCCUUUGAACAUAGCCAGAGACUGUGCAUCUAUCUUUUCCUGUAUGUAUUAAACUAAUAGAUAUAUUACAAAUGUUUUUUUACAACCUUUUUUGGACAUGGCAAUAGUUACAAUGUCCAAAAAAAGAUUGUAAAAAAUUAUCAGGCUUAUAUUCUAUAUCACAGACCAGUCCAAGAUAGCAGCCUCAUUACAUAAUUUUUAAAAAGAUACCUACUUAUAUUACAAUUCGAACCAGAAAAUAUAUUUUUUUGCCUGCGGCCUGUACUUAACUCAUUAAAUGUAGUUGGUAAUUUUGCAUUUCGCGACAAUGUAAAUUAAUUUAACAUAUUACUUUAUACAUUUGCCAAUUUACUUUUACCUGUGUAAUUUUAACCAUAAUUCAACAAUUAAUAUAAUUUCGGAAGUAAAUAUUUACAGUAAAUCCAAAUGAAAUCAUAGAUGUAAUAGAUAUCUGUAGGCUCUGUUCAGAUGCACAAAUGAACUUGGCGAAGGUUUUAGUGCGCAGAGCGCGGCUACAGCGCGCGCGGCGGGCGGGGCGCGGCGGCGGCGGCUGGCGGCAGCUUCUUCAAUUAUAAUAUUACGUAAUAUUUUAAUACUAGAAAUAGUCUGUAAAUGAGUAGUAAGUAUAGUGUCCGCCGGCUGCCGCCGCCCCUCUUACGCCAUGUUGUACGAAAUUUUUCAUAAUAUAUUAUAGUUUUUGUUUGUCUUUAUAUAGAAAUCGUUUUCUUGUAUAAUUUAAAAUAACCAAAAAUAGGUACCAAAUAUAGAAAAAAUAUGAUUGUUUCUUAAUUUUCAUAAAGCAUUUUGAUGCUUGCAUGUUGUAUUGUGUUCAAAAAAUGAAAAUUAAAAA